UUCGGAGAUAAAAGUGAAAGAUCGAUAUGUUUGAGAACAGUAAUUCGUUACGAUAUAGUAUUAAUUACUUGUUAUCGAUUAUUUGUUUACAUAGAAGAAGAUGAGCGUGAAGAUCAAGAUUUGAAUCGGUGUAUUCUCGUUUAUUCAAAAGUGGGAAGAGAAAUUGCAUCGAAAGAUACGUCCACGAUGUUCUGUUUAAGAGGGGAGACGAACGGCGAUACGAAGUUUAAAGAGAUAUUAAAACAGGAUGAUUUCGGAUGGUGGUUGAGCGACGAAGAUGAUCUAAAAUCGCCCACAUCCGCAUGUAGCAAGGACCGCCUAUCCUUAGGAUCGUCCGAAUCGAUGUUCUCUUGCAUAGACUCCGAUGAUACUGAAAAUUAUUUUCUCGCGCAGGAGUUCAAACAGGAAUGUAAGGAUAAUUACGAAAAAAUAGAGCUCACAUCGUUGAUUCACGAAGAUUUGGAUCUGAAUCUCAUCGAACAAGAUGCGAUAAAAAAGAAUCUGUAAGACGUCACGCCAUUUCCAAUUGAAGAUGAAAAAUACUCGAACGACUCGAAUCGAAAGUCGGAAGCGUUACACGGCAUGUGUUACACCCCGGAAAGAUUGGUCAGAUCUCAGGAGUAUCGAAUAUUGACGCCAUCCCCUCGCUACUUAUCCAUCUCUCAGCCGAAAAUCGUGCAAGAAAAGGAAAACUUAAAGGGGAAAGGGUUUUGCUGCCGGCGGCAAUUGAACUGUUUUAUCGAUUCGAAGCAACCUGCGAUGCAACUGAAAUCUUUCGCGGAGAACAGGCCGAAGGAAGGAAUUGUAUCGACAAUCGGUUUGCACGGUUGGAAAGAUAACAAGCGGAUCUAUAACGGCGAUAUUGGGACGAAGAAUAAUGAAAAUGAAACGAAAAUGGAAGACGUAUCUGAUUAUAAUAAAUCGUGCAGCUUGCAAACACCAGACUCGAUCAGCAAGAGAUCCAGUUACGACAAAUUGAACAUCACGUGGGAAGAUUGUGGAAAGAUGGGGACACGGAGUUCUUCGUUGGACACUUCCGGUAUCCAGAGCAACGAUUGGAGCUCGGACACGCACAGCGACCUGCAAAACACAUUUCUGUGUCUCAGUGAUGAAUUGGCGACGACUGAUUACAAGCUCGAUAACUCGCAGGAACGAUGUACCACCAUCAAUGAAGUAGUAUCGAUUCUUGAAGAGCUUGACAUAAAUCCUGAGAAAGCUACGAUUCUUCUUGAGGAAGAUCGUUUUUGCGACAGCACGUCUACGCACGAUCAAUUAACCAGGCUGGCCCUGACGACUGAAACGGACGCUAAUGUGCUGGAAGUCCUCGAAAAUCCAGAACAUUUAGUAAAACAUCUUCAAAAUAAGAUAAAAAAACUUCAAACUGGCAACAAAGAUAUCUAUAGAGAUAUAUAUAAUCUUCGAGAAAGCUUUCAAUGUGAUGAACAGAGAAUAACGGAUAUCUUGUCUGAUACAAAUAAACUACGACAGGAUGUACAUGAGCUGCGAUACCUCGACGAUCUUUUAAAACUUUUACGAGGGGAAUUGGAAAGGAUUUCAAAAAGAAAUUGGCCAUUUGUUAUAGGACAUACAAAUCAUUCGGAAGAAAUGAAUCUCAUCGUGUGAAUAAUAUAAAUCCCUUCCAUUGCUAGAAUUCGAUGGAAGUUUUUUUCAACAUCAUCCGUAACGAUCAUCGAUAUUUUGUUACUUAAAAUUAAUUUAUUUAAAGAGAGACACGGUUAAGUAUUUUUAUAAUACAUACAACGCCAAAAGCGUUUCACUGCCAUUGUUAAUUAUAAAAUAUUAUAUGUAUUACAAGUUGAUUCUGCAAAAGAAAUUUUUCUCUAAUCUUGUCCAAAAUCAAACGAUUGUGAUGAGUGCAUGAAAUUUCAAUUGUUUGCGCAAACAAAA